AUGUGUCCUGGAUAUCGACUAAUGGACGGCGAAUUGAAUCAACUUCGUCUUCCGCCAAACGAUGUUCAUCGGUUCAAAGACUAUCAAAUGCGACAAACAUUCAAAAUGUACAGUCAAUCAACGCGGGGUAUCAUCAAGUGUCCGGCUGAAGGGUGUGCCUGGAUAGCUGAAGCACAAAAUCCAGAAGAAAGAAUCAGAGUACAGUGUCCAAUGUGUCACAAAGAAUUCUGUUCGUUGUGCAAUCAGCAAUACCACUAUCGAACACAAUGUCAAGCGAUACCGGCACUCACUCAGCAAUGGUUCCUCUGGUGUGAUAAAGAGCGCGGUGAAUAUCUUACUGCUCGCGACAGGCAAGACGCUGCAUACGCCAAACAGAUGGCCAUCUACACUCGCCACCAAGAGACCAACAAACAGCAAAUCCGUGAAUUGGCUACUCGCUAUCGCGAGCUGCUUGCCGAUGAAAAAUACAAAGCAGCCAACUGUCGUCACUGUCCGCAGUGUCGUCGAGUAGUAGAAAAACUCGGUGGUUGCGAACAAAUGGUCUGUGGCCAAGACGCCGACGGUGGGAACAAUCAGUCGGGCUGUGGUCACAAAUUCGUAUGGGAAAAAGCUCCAGUUUACGAUGCCCAAAUAAAGACUUCUUCACAGCCGGUAUUACUAAAACAUCCUGGCCGUCGCGCACGUCAAGCCGUUGGCCACCAACAUCGCGCUCUGGAUAGAAAUAAAGGAGGCUCAUUAAAUCAACCUAUUAUACAAGAAUCAGAAGAGCUACUACAUCAUAAAGGUGCGAAAUGCGAUGCCUGCCAAGAAGAUAUUAAAGGCAUCAAAUUUGAUUGUAUCCAUUGUCCAGCAUUGUCUUUUUGCGAAAAAUGUGAACAAGAACAAACGUUGCAACAUUAUAAUGAAAAUAAUCUCAAGGGUCAACAACAGCAUGUGCCAACUGGAAAACCACCAAAUAAAUUUGCAAUAUAUGAUCAAUAUGAUGAUAGACGAUAUGCACUAAAAGUUAUUGAAGAAACAAGAAAAUAUUGGUUAAAGUUAGCUAAUGGUGAAACAAAAGUAGAACAGAAGAUUUGCUCAAUUGUUAAUAUGACACUGAAUAAUAAUAGUACCAUACAACAAAAGGAAGCAGAACAAAUUGUUAAUGAAAAUGAACAAUAUAAAGAAGCAGCUGCAAUUGAUUUAACUGUUCAUGACUUAUGUUACAUUGCUGAUCAAAAAGAAUGUAUAACUAAUGAUAAAUAA